AUGUCCAAGCCGAGCCUGCUCCUCACUGUAUCGGUGUGGCUCCUGGCUGGGAGCCUCGUGGCGGAGGCGACCUACUACCGGCACCACCGCUACGUCCCCCACUUCUACCGCUACCGGGAGCACUCUGCCAACACGGACAACCUCCUCCCUGAGGUCGCGAACCCAGAACCUGCAGUCCCGCCGACUUACCCCGAGAUCCCUGAGGUUUUCUACCCGGAUCCCGAAGUCCUCCACCCCAUACCCGAGGCUUUCCACCCGGUGCCCGAAGUGGUGCAUCCUGCACCUGAGCCUUACCAGCAGCCACUUCAGGGUUUCCAGUCGGCGCAAGAAGCCUCCUCCCCCGUCAACAUGAGCCGGGUCUUCUAUGGCAUCAUGUUCGACGCAGGGAGCACAGGCAGCAGGAUCCACAUCUAUAAGUUCAUCCAGAAAGACCCAGUUGAACUGCCAGUCCUGGACAAUGAAAUGUACCAUGCAGUGAAGCCUGGACUGUCUCACUAUAAGGACAAGCCUGAGGAGGGUGGAAACACCAUCCGACAGUUGCUGAAGAUUGCCAAGAAGACAGUGCCGGAGGAAGACUGGAGGAGGACCCCAGUGGUCCUGAAGGCCACAGCGGGUCUGCGUCUGUUGCCCGAAGACAGGGCGAACGCUCUUCUGAAGGAGGUGCGAGAAGUAUUUGCAGAAUCCCCUUUCUUUGUGCCAAACAACAGUGUUUCCAUCAUGAAUGGAGCAAAAGAAGGAGUCCUUGCCUGGGUCACAGUGAACUUCCUUACAGGUCACUUGUACUCCAACACAAGGAGGACAGUGGGCAUCCUGGAUUUGGGUGGAGGAUCUACACAGAUCACUUUCCUUCCCAAGUCAAAGAAAACGGUUCAGUCUGCUCCGCCCACUUACAUUGCUAAUUUCAACCUCUUCGACCAUAAGUAUCAACUCUAUACGCACAGCUACCUUGGAAAUGGACUGUAUGCGGCUCGACUGGCAACUCUUGGAGCACUAGACGCUGAUGGGCUGGAUUGGAAAAUCUUCACUAGUUCCUGCCUUCCCAAAAAGUUCAGAGAAGAUGUGACUUUUGGAGGAACCACCUACAAAGUUAGCGGGAUUCCAGAAGGCUAUGCAGGAUACAAGCUGUGCUACUAUGAGGUUAUGAAGGUAAUCAAAGGAAAAGUGCACCAGCCAUAUGAAGUGAAGGGCAGCAGUGUCUUCUAUGCCUUCUCAUACUACUUUGACAGAGCGUUGGAGUCUGGCCUCAUUGAUGGCAGUCGAGGUGGUGCGGUUGAAGUCAGGGAUUUUAAGAAGAGAGCCAAGGAAGUGUGCAACAAAAUGACCAAGUACCGUGCUAUCAGCCCCUUCCUCUGCAUGGAUAUGACAUAUAUCACUUGUCUGCUAAAGGAGGGCUUUGGCUUCAAGGACAACACUGUGCUUCAGCUAGCCAAAAAGGUGAACAACGUGGAGACAAGCUGGGCCCUGGGGGCAACCUUUGACUACUUCAGGAACCUCAACAUUCACUAAAGGACGGCUCGCUGUCACUGCAGCCAGCACUGAGAGGGACAGUAUGUCACUGCGGGUCUUCUCGUCCUCUUUCCACCUUCGAUCAGCCCGCCCCAGCGCGCCCCUCCUCUUCUCCUCAACCUCAGCACCCUGCGAACACUUCGAGAACUGUUGAAAAAAGAAAUCACUAUAUUUUUAUAAGGUCAGCUAUUUCUACUGUUUCUUGAGCCCAUAACUGGUGGGAUGCCUUUAUUUUUGUACAUUAAUGAUUUUCUUAUGGGUGUCUGAUUUGAAAUGUCUUCCUGACCUACCUGUUAAGUGUGCACAGGGUAGUCUAUAAGCAACACAACCACUCAUGGUGUUUUGGUGCUUAUUGUGGUGCUGGUGUGCACUGUACAGUACAGUGGAAUUUAUUUAGAGACUAGUUGCUGGAAGUGCAACCAUAGUUGUCUUUCUAAAUGCUUGUAAAUCAAUCUUCUUUAAUUCGAGCAGUAAAUAAUUAUAUAUAACCCUAAUUCCCUAAUUAAUUUGCCCCUGACCAUCAUUAGAAAUUGAGCAGUUGACGAUCAUACAGCUUCUUUUCUUCAACUUUGCACUUAACACUUUAAUUGCAGAUAUUGUAGCUAAGACAUGACCAGUUGCUUUGAUGUUGACUAAAGAGUUGAACGUAUUCAAGUAGUGUUGGAUUCAUCAUGACUGAAGUGGGGCAAGGAGAGCCUGUGGAGAGAUGCCACUGUUGUAUAGCGGUUACAUGUAUGAGGUUAAUGCCUGUAGUUUUAAAGUUCAGGCAUUAUAGUUUGUUUUGUCUAGAGUGGAAAAGAUCUUAUCAAGCAUGGCUUAAUUGCAGGGGCCCCUGGUCUGAACUCUAUUUUAGACUAACGAUAGAAAGGCCUCUAAUCAAGUGUAGAUAGUGCAUCCAACAACAUAAUUUACAGCCAUUAAAUACAGCAAACAUGCAAACAGAAAUUAGGAAAAAUGUUGAAACCCAACUUCUUCAUUUGUUGCUGGUUUCUCUAAAACAUUAGUAAUAUUGAGUUCUGUUUUUGAAUUCCUAUUUCUUGUGAACUGUACAAAUAUUUAAAGAAUUUUAUCUAAUGUAGAGCAUUUUAAUUAUUACCAUCUAAUAUUAACUCUCCAACUUUCUGUCUUACUGCUCUUUUAACCAUGCC